AAACAAGCAGACAGUUUGACAGCUAAUGCGAAAUUGACAACAAAAAGUGCACAUAUUUUUCUGUGUCGUGCAAUUCAAAACAAAAAUAAAAAUACAGCAAAAUGUGCGGGUGUGUGCAUAUGCCUAUGUGACAGACUUCAUGCACUAAAACGGAAACAUUUUGCUUAAUAUGUUGCAAAUAUAUCGAAAGCCCAUACUUGAUCAGUAAACAAUUUUUUUUGCUUGACAAUUGCAAGCAUUUGAAUGUUUGUCAUUGCAAAUGAGUAAUUUGAAUGUUAUUCAGCCAGUCAAGUGAUAUCCAGUUUGUAUUAUGACCAAUUCAAGUCAAUUUUAUGAAGGUUGUGGCCAAGAAGGACCCAUUCGUUGUAUAUUCCUGAGUGAAUUUCAUGAUACCGCCGGUUCGAAAAUUACGUGUCAGAUUCCAGAGGGUUACGUAUCAAAAGAAGUAUUUGACGCAGUCAAUGUGUAUAUUAUUCCGAAGCCACAAUUACAAGGAUGCGUGCUCACGGUAAAUGCUCUGGGCUACAAAAUCGUUGGAUACCCCGUGAGAAUUGAACAUCAGAGAUAUACACGCAAUGCUUUUUACUUUAAUCUAUGUUUCGUUUGCGAUUCUUGGGCUCGUACCGUUCAAUACGAACCGAUUGUACGGAAGCUAUCGGAAUAUUUCAAAAUGAUGGAAGCCGAAAGUACGUUCUUAUCGAAGGAUGAAAGCAAAGAGAACGUCUUCAAAGUAUUAAACAAAGUGCUAACUGAUUUGAAUGCAAACAAAAUGACAACGAUAAUUGAAGGGGAAACAACAAUACAUCUGAAAAUUAUUUCGCACUUUAGCGAUCCACCAAUGAUUUACGAUCACCUGGUGCCCAUGUUGAACGACCGGUUCAAAGACAUCCCGAGAGAAGCGUGGGAUUUAACAACGCAACAGGUGUUGCCCUACAUCAAUGGUAUUAAUCACAUCACACGUAUCGCUGCCGAUUCGGACGUAGAAAUAGGUUUGGUUAAGGCUUGUAUACAGAAUUUAGUGUAUUAUCAAGUCGCCGAAGUGCUGCCACUUCUCAAAUACAGCAAUGUUUACAUGUGCACACGAAACCUUCAGAAACUAUCCACCGACAAAGAACUGACACAAGCAUGCAGGAAUUACGUCGCUUUGCACCCACCGCCGACACCACUGCCUUCAAUUUUGAAAAUUUUACGAAUUUAUUCAUAUAUGACUCAUGGAGUCACACUGAAGGCGUUGUGUACCCGAACGACUCCUCGGGAUGUCAACAUUGACGAAAGGAAAUUAGUAACAUUCGGAAUUCUACAUCAUUUGAUUCGAUGCAUCAACAAAUAUCCUGUGUGCAUUUCGGAUGCACCUAUCUCUCGUCAGCGCUUUUACACCGGAGUUCAUCAUAUCGACGAAAUUUGUUGUAAAGUAACUGGUUUAAUGCCAGCCAAAAUUCAAGAAGAUCUCGACAAAGACCCCUUUGUCGUCACGAUAUGCAAGUGAUUUCUUCUGAAAAAAAAAAUCAUCAAUAAAGGAUCUGGUUGUGUUAUGCUUUACAGUACUGUUUGGAAUACUUUCCACGGAGUGCCACGGAGUGGAAUGAAAAUACGUAAUUUUAGUUCAAUUUCCUCUUUUAUUUUUGUUUCUUACAUUAAAAAUAACUCUGAAUACAUCGUUCUUUGCAAAAGAAUUUUAGUCGAAAUUUGAUAAGUUGAACAUUUGUAUUAUAUUUAUGUAUCUGCCUUAAAAAAUAAAUGUAUUAGAAGCUAAAUGAUUUUACCAUGGAACUGGCAA